GUAAUAUUGAUCGGAUAUUACUUGUAUACAGCAAUAAAUGCUGUAUACAACGUGUUGUAUAGCUCUAACUCACUGCGGUGUCUACUUAUACUAGGUGAAACAUUGUAUAGUUAGUAUUUAUUUGCUUAUGCGUUCAUAUGGCUUAAAUGAUAUACACUGUAUCACACAUAGUGAUGGAUCAUAUUUGUUCCAUAUUGUUAUGGAUAAGGCACAUAGCUACAAAGGUGGCCUUCCCUGGGACGUAGGCUCCCGGACGAUCCUAGCCCUAAUAGCAUUACAUGGUUUUAUUAUUCGCACAUUUUCUGUCGUUAAGAAUGGAAUUAUAUUAUAUGACUAUGAUUCCUAUUUCAACUAUCGUUGCACGGAGUACAUCGUUAAGCACGGUAUUCGGCAAUUCCUUCAAUAUGUUGACUACGGCAGUUGGUACCCACAUGGACGGCAUGUCGGCAGAACGGUGUACUAUGGCCUAAUGUUUCUUACAUACGGAAUAUAUGUUUUCCUGAGAUAUAUUGGUUUUGACCCUGACCUCAAGACCAUUUGCGUGCUGCUUCCUCCUGCAUUUAGCGUCGUCAGUGUUUUUGCAAUAUAUUUUUUUGCAUAUAAUUUGUCCGGAAGUGACAAUGCAGCCGUAGCAAGUUCGUUUUUCAUAACUACAAUGCCCGCAAUGCUAUCUCGCACUUCUGCAGGGAUUUAUGACUAUGAGGCAAUAGCCAUUAGUUUAGUUGUUUUCGCAUGUGAUACAUGGCUGCGUGCUGUACGUACCGGGAAGCUAUUGUGGUCUCUUGUUAGUGCCAUACUCACGUUUCUGCUGGCAUCGUCUUGGGGUGGUUACAUAUUCAUCAUCAAUGCAAUUGCGUGUUUCACUGUGGGCGCUAUACUUUUAGAUUUUGAUUUUAAGAACGCUAUUAUGGUGUAUCUCGUCUACUACACUCUCACAUUGCCAUUGUGCUUCUCUAUUCCAGUUGUAUCGCAUUCCAUCAUUGGCUCCUUAGAGAUGAAAGGUCCUCAUGUGGUAUUCGCCCUUUGUCUGAUGCGUCUGGCAUGGCAUAACCUAGCACGUAAUAGGUCUAAGAAAGAAUUACUACGUUUUUCACCGUUCAGGACUCUAUCAGAUAAGUUGCAUUCUCAUGAUGAAACGUCAGCCCCUUGUGGUUGCCAAAACGGCGUUGCUGCUAAUAUUCUUUGUUUAAUAGACUAUACUAUGGCAUUGUCCCUCUUUUUAGCGUGUAUGUGGGUGAUUUUGCUAGGGAAAUUCACCAAGGGCAAAUCACCUCUCAUGGGCCGUCUCCAAACUUUGAUAAAUCCAUAUAAGAUGGAUGGUAGUAAUCCCUUAGUGGCAUCUAUUUCUGAGCACCAACCGACAAAAUGGUUUGACUUCGUAUCUGACUUUUGGGUAGCCUUGUUGUUCGUACCUAUUGGCAUCUAUGUAUGUGUGAUGUACAAAUUGGACAUUGGUUCUAUGGCUUUGUUGAUCUACGGGAUUAUCACUGCAUACUUCACUAGUGCCAUGAUACGCUUGGAAGUUUUGUUCGCUCCGGGUGUUGCCAUUCUUAGUGGUCUCGGUAUGAGUUUCGUAAUAGAAAGGCUAUCAAGAGAUCGAAGAAAAAUGUUAAUGCGUGUAGUUGCGUUGUCUUUUGUAGGCGUACUUAUGGUAUCGCACAUAUUCCAUGUUACAUGGAUGGCUUCUAACGUCUAUUCUCAACCUAGCAUUCUACCAUCCUGGAAUGACCCUAAGCGCGGCCACAUAAGCAAGGACGACUUUCGUGAUGCUUACACAUGGAUACGCUAUAACACCAGCACCGACUCCGUCAUAUUGGCAUGGUGGGACUAUGGAUAUGAAUUGCGGCAGAUGACCGAUCGUGCUGUGGUUACGGACAACAACACGUCAGAUUACUUACAAAUUGCAAUUACCGGUAUGGUAUUUAGUUCUGACGAAGCGGAGGCAUACAAGAUGUUACGCGCUUUAAAUGUUGAUUAUGUAAUGGUUGUCUACGGCGGCCUUGUGCGGUAUCCGAUGGACGACCUCUCCAAGUUUAGAUGGAUGAUCAAGAUAGCUUCCACUCAAUUCCCACAAGUACACGAGUCGUUUUUUAAACAGAAAAACAGGCACGGCAAUUGGGAACACAGUCUUUUGUACAAGCUAUGCCACCACGGGCUACAUAACAGCGAUGAGACCCUAUCUGACCAAACACCCGUGAACCUUAAGCAUUUUACGGAAGUAUUCAGCUCUGGAAACUGUUUGGUUAGAAUCUACCGUGUUGGCGGUGUGGGUGACGUCUGACACACAUUGAGUA